UUAUCAAAGCCCAAAACAAACGAGAAAAGAAAAACCGUUAACGAGUUCGAGGUUGCUGAAGAAGAACAAAAAUGGCGGCGUCUAACUCCGAAUGUAACUCUAAGGACAAUACUCAGAAACCGAAUUUCGAAACGUUUCAGUUAUUUUCCUCUUCCGUAGGUUCUGGUUUCGGAAUUUUUGAUGAUGUUUCACAACAAGUUUCUGCUAUACCUCCUCCACCUUGCGUUGAAGUUCUCGCCUCUGAUUCAGAGGUUGCUUCAUGUAACAAACUCAAUGUGGAGUCAGUAGAUUUUGAUGGUGUUACUUUGUUUAAGGGGCGGGUGAAUACUCAACAAGUUUUUGGUUUAUCCAACUCUGAUUUAGUUCCGGGGAAAUAUGAAGGAGGACUGAAGCUGUGGGAAGGUUCACUAGAUCUAAUUAAAGCCCUUCGUUCAGAUAUCAAAAGUGAGCUUAUUUCAUUCGGAGGGAAGCGAGUAUUAGAGGUCGGAUGCGGUCAUGGACUGCCAGGAAUCUAUGCUUUGCUUGAGGGCGCAUCUGUUGUACAUUUUCAAGACUUCAAUGCCGAGGUCCUACGUUGUCUCACCAUUCCCAAUAUAAAUGCAAACAUUUCUUCAAGAUCUCAACUAUCACCGUCAAUCUCGACAAAUGACGAGGCAGAAGUUCGCUAUUUCGCUGGUGACUGGGGUGAAGUCGAUAAACUGCUACCUCAUGUUAGUAAAGAUGCUAAACACGUUGAAGGUUCUGGUUAUGAUUUUAUUCUGAUGGCGGAGACAGUAUACUCUAUCAACAGUCUUCAAACUCUCUACAAUCUUAUCAAGAAGUGCUUGAUACAUCCUCAUGGAGUUGUUUACAUGGCUGCAAAGAAGUAUUACUUUGGGGUAGGCGGAGGAACUCGAAGAUUUCUGUCUGUGGUCGAAAAAGAUGGUGUCAUGACUAGUAAUCUGGUUGCUGAAAUCACAGAUGGUUCAUCUAAUGUGCGUGAAGUAUGGAAGCUUACAUUCAAGUAGUGUUGCUUGUGACCGGAUGGAAGUUCCUUUGGAAUUACUCAACUUGUUUUUUAUAUCAAGGUAUUGUAAAACUUCAGAUGAUUAGAGAAUUUUAAGAAAAACAGAAGUUAUUUUAUGUUUGUUUAAAAUUAUAAAAAGUGACUUUGUAUUUCUCUAUCUUUUACUGGAAAUGAUUCUUUUUGUUUUCUUUUAAGUUAA